UUUUUUUUUUUUGUGACAUUUUUAAAUGAAAAGUAACUAUUGUUGUAUGCAUAUGUAUCGACCAAUAGGGGGCAGUCUAGCCGCUCUGUGUCGGGGUUUGGAUUAUUGGACAUGAGAUGUUUUCCUCAUUUCAUAAUCACUUGUCACAAAGAGUACUUUUUGAAUAACACGUAUUAGUCCUGUGAUGAGGGAGGGAGGGACGGAGGGAGGGAGAGAGGGGGGUAAGAACCAGUGACCUAUUUGGUGUCACCCUUCCCAGCCCCCCCGUUUUUUCUCCCCCCUGCACAUUCAUACAGAAGCAGGAAUUAACGCCGGAGGGCGGGGCUAAUGUAAUCCUACCACCUUCACGUGACCGAUGCUUUCGGUUACACCCCUCCUUUCUAACGUGAACGCGCCUGUAGCCGAAUUAGAAAAUCCAGGGUUAACAAAACUCGCCGGGUCUGGACAUAUCCAGACUUGGACCGACUGUCCUCCGUCUGUCCUCCGUCUGCUGCCGUGGCGUCCACGUCUCGGUGUCCCGGGUGUCGACCCUCACCGACUUGCCGUUGCUUGAGCUGUUGGUUGCGAUUUGAUUAGACAAUCUAGCAUUGAUACAUCUCGGAUUACCGUGCACGGCUGCACCGCCGCCGCCGAGGGGAGACGAAUCGAACGCCGAGCCGCGGAUCGCAGUCAUGAACUUUGACGCAGAUUUUCACAUGAUCAGGAAACAGGAGAGGGCGCACUUCUUCAGCACCAGGGAACAGGCGAUGAUCAUCAGGUUGUACGAGGAGGAGAGGGAGAUCCUGACAGCCAAGUCCAACACCACCAGUGCUUCCAAACUGAGGGAGGAGGCCUGGCAGAGGAUCGCUGACAAGAUUAACGCGGUGUCAGACAGUGGCUGCAAGAGGACCUGGCAGCAGGUUAAGAUCAAGCACAAGAACAUCGUACAAACAGCAAAAAGGAAACGCGUGGAGGCCAUGAGGAGCUACGGGGAGUCGGCCACCCCAUCGCUGACCUCCGCAGAGGAGGAUGUUCUGCAGCACAAAGACGGUCGCCUCAGGGUGGAGGUCAUCCCCGGAGGAGCCUGCAUCGACCCGCUGAUGGGAGCCGACAGUUCGUUCGUCGGAGUGUCCGGCCACCCUGUCCUCCUGCUGCCGGUGACCAAGACGGAGCCGGAGAGUCUGAGCGGCGACGAGACGGACAUGAGCGACGCUCAUUACGAAGGCGUCCUGCACAGCAGCAGCUUCAAAGAAAUUCCCAAGUCAGCCACUGGAGGCAGACGUGCAGAGGUGGAGGACAUCAAGACUCUUUACUGCUGCUACCUGAAAAAAGAGAUGGAGAACCGCGACCAGCAGAUGGCGUACAGAGAACUCAAAAUGCGGAAGUUGGAAAAAGAAAUUUUGUUACUGGACAAGCAGCUGGGUUGACUGUGUCAACAUUUCCCUGACAGUUUGUUCCUCCGUUUCCCCGCUCUACAACUGAAACACUAACUUCGCCACAGCACGCGCUCAGUCUGGACCUGGUCCGGAUGGUUGGCCCCCAGGGCCGGAGUUUGAGACCACCCGGUAUCUGUCAGCCGUAGAAGAAAGCCUCUGGUUCUAUUUACGGUCCGAUCGGUUCCGUCCUCCUUGCACUUCCUGUUGUCUUUUCCGUCUACGCUCACGUCAUAUUUAUCGAGGCCGAGAUGUGGCGGCGUACGCUUUAUGACGCCGUGCAAAAGUCUUAGGCAGGUCUUAAGAUUUACGCUCCCUCCUCACGACCAUCCUCCACCCUCCACUGCAGCCACCCUGGAAUAAAGGUGUAGAAAUUUAGACGUAUUUUUAGCCCUGUCUCUGGAAGAGUGCUCUUUGCUGACGAAUGUUGAAAAUUAUAAUUUUUUUUUUUACAUUUGCUAAAUACUUGAAAAAUGAAAUGUUAAAAAAAUGUUUGAGGGAGAGUUGAGCAACUGGAGCAGCUCUGUGUGACGGGAGUCGGUCCAGUCUGUGGUAACAAUUCAGUUCUUACUUGUCCCUGUACCCCCCAACCACCCCCCGCCCCCCACUCUGUUCAUAAGUUCACUUCCUGCUCUCCACCCCUGUAUUUCUUACAGACUGUAGACCGCCUGUGUUCCGUAGACCACCUGUGUUCUGUAGACCAUCUGUUCGUAGACCACCUGUCUUCCAUAGACCACCUGAGUUCUGUAGACCGUCUGUGUUCCGUAGACCACCUGAGUUUCAACGACCACCUGUGUUCCAUAGACCACCUGUGUUCCGUAGACCAUCUGUUCGUAGACCACCUGAGUUCUGUAGACCACUUGUUUAGUAGACCACCUGAGUUCUGUAGACCACCUGAGGUCUGUAGACCACCUGAGGUCUGUAGACCACCUGUUCCGUAGACCACCUGAGUUCAGUAGACUACCUGUGUUCUGGUGCAGACUCUCGGACUGUUAUUUCCCGCUUCACCCGUCGUUAGCUCCAGAACAGCAGGAGAAAAUGUUCCGACUUUUUCUUUAUUGUCUUGUAUUUAUUUAAACUUCUUAGAUUUUUUCCGAAGCCUAGACUAGUUUACUCCACUAACCAGAUCAUAAACCACGGACAGUCUUCUGUCCGUCUUCAUUCUUUAAGUUAUAGUGUAGCUAAUAAUUUAAGUGAUUGUGAUUGACUCCUGUGUUAUUUAUUUUGUUUAUGGUUUGGCGAUUAGUUAUUGGUGAAUUAUUUAAAAAAGAUGACGUAAUUGUUCUGAUGAGAGCCGAAGAAGGCCCGCGGUCUGUGACGGUUAGUCAACUCUCGAUAAACUGAUGAAUAAAACCAGUUCGGUUCAUCAA